AUGCCCCCUUUGUGGAAAAGGCUGACGUUUUCCGUAGCCUCCGCGCUCUCCAUCGGCUCCGCGGUGCUCCUGGUCGUGGCGCUCUCGACGGAGCGGUGGGUGACGGGACGGAUCCUGUGCAAAACCGGCGCCGACAUCGUCAACGCCUCGGACCUGGAGCUGGAGCAGUUCAUCGGAGACAUUUACUACGGGCUGUUCCAGGGAGGGAAGACUAAGAAGUGCGGGCUCGGGACUCGGCGCUCCAAAAUCUACAUUUUCCCUAAGCUUGCGAGGACACUCAAUAGUGGACUUCACAUGAUGGUCAUUCUCUUCCUGUUGGUUGCCAUAGGCUUUGCCCUUGUCAGCCUCUCCUUCUGUAUUUACAAUGCCCACAAGGUCCCGUACCAGAGUAUCAAAGGACACAAGGGACUCUACCUGUGGAACCUCGCUGCUGCUCUGUGUGGUGCCCUGGGUGUCCUGUGUUUCCUGGCAGCCAUGAGACACCACAGUCUGACGGAGAGAAUUGCCAACUACCGCGAGGGCCUCUUCCUCCUCUCCGUCCUGGACGACGGCCUGGACUGGUCCUUCUGGUUGGGUGUAGCCAGCGUAUUCACACACUUCGCCGUGUGCGGGGUGGUCGCCAUGAGCCGGAUAAAGCUGCCCCAACAACAGAGCAAGAAACCCGAGGAGCCCACCAUCUCUGCUCUAGACCUGCUUUACUGA